CAAAUCUCCAUCCUUUUUUUCAAAAUCCUCUGUUCUUUUUGGCUGCACAAAUGGCUUCAACUUUGCGACAGUGUUUCUUUCUUUUCGCAUUCUUAACAAUGAUUCAAGUCUGCUUAGGAAGUUCAAACCCCGCAGAGAAAGUAACAUUAGAUUUGUACUACGAGAGCUUGUGUCCUUUCAGUAUUAAGUUCAUCAUCACUGAACUCCCACUCAUCUUCCAGAAUGGGAUCAUUGACAUUGUUGAUCUUCGACUUUUUCCUUGGGGGAACGCUGAGCUUUCUUCCCACACCUCCUUUACUUGCCAGCAUGGUCCUCAUGAAUGCUUACUUAACACUGUUGAAGCUUGUGCCAUUGAUAUGUGGCCCGAUCUGGAAGACCACUUCCUAUUUAUAGGUUGUGUUGAGAGUCAGGUUUUUAAGGGAAAGUACAAGGAGUGGGGCGCUUGUUUCAAGGAGUUUGGUUUGGAUCCAAAACAUGUAACUAGUUGUUACAAGGGUGAAGAUGGCAAGAAGCUUGAGCUGAAGUAUGCAAAUCUGACUUCUGCACUGAAACCUCCUCAUGACUUCGUGCCAUGGGUAGUUGUGGCUGGAAAACCCCUUUUUGAUGAUUAUGAGAACUUUAUAAGUUACAUUUGCAAAGCUUACAAAGGACCUCUACCUAGUGCUUGCAAGAAAGCAUCCUUUGCAAGUAUUCCAAGAAACAAGACUAAAGCAUCCUUUGCAAGUGUUUCGAGAAAGAAGACUAAUCAUGUUCUCCCUGCCAGUGAACCCGCAGUGCCUUUUUAGUCCUUGAUAACAUCAUGGAUGAAUCAUUAGAUGAUAUGAAUCCCGCUGUCAUGUAAAACACAUUGUGGUUGUUUGCAUUGUGUCAAUUAGCCAUUAAUUAAGGCGUAUAGCUGCUAUGUAAACAAAGAGCUAGCCUUAUCUGCUAUAGAAAAACCCAUUAAAUUUUCUCAUA